AAUCACUCCACGUGUGGAAAGAAAAGAAAAUCCGUGAUGUAACUGCAUUCUCCUCGCUUUUGAUUUGAAAGAUGCAAUGGUGUAACGGCGGUCUGAAUUUUUGUUUACUAAGCCCAUGUGCUGUUUUAAUUUCUUAUUUUUUCCUCUUGGUGUGCAUGGGCGCAAGUGCUCAGAUAUACAAUUAUAAUCUGACAAAAAAAGAUGAAAUUGAGCUUUACAAGAGAUUUAGAAAGAUGGUUGACGCAAAAUCUCCUACCUCGGAUGAAUUCGACAGAAACAAUACACGGAAAGGAAGACAUCUGCUAGGGGCAUCCGUAUUGACACCUUUUGAAGAAGCGAUUGCCAAUUACGAAUUCGAUGAGGCAGGGGUACAUUUACAAGAUGAUUUACAGAAAUAUCUAGAAGACACGGCUAAAGAAGAUUACUCUAGUGAAGUCGUGCGUUACAAGACUUUCGUGGAAGCGGAGAUGCAUCAAUUGAGUAAGAUGUUCAACGUGUUAUGUAAGGACGGCAAAGCAGUAGAAAAACAUUGCGAUUUCAAAUACUACCUAAUUCCUAGGCCGGAGUCACGACUCAACCGAGCUAUUGUAAUUCACUUCAAAAUUAUGAACGAUGAGAAACACUUCAAGUAUGAAGCUAGAGCUGGGCUAAAUUCAAUGAUUAGAAGGAGAGCUGGGCUCGAACUCAAUAAAAAGUGGCCGAUUGCUAAAGGGAAAAAAGAGAUAGUUAUGGUCGUAUUUUGUAGAUCCAAGUUGGACUUGAGACACACUUCAAAAAUAUAGCUCAUUUAAUUGUUUAUUCGUCUA